AUGCUGUCCUUGUUUUUGCACACAGACAGCACGUUUGCUGAGAGCGUGGGCUCCAGCUGUCUAAGCGCGGCCCGUCUGAGUGCCUACCUGCCCCAGAGCAGCCACGACUCCGCCAAUUUCAGCAACAAUCAGCUGGAGAACAACCAGGCUGCUGUUGCCAAGAUGGCCAACCUGCAGCUCAGCAGCUACUCUCAGCUCAUCCCCUGCUGCUCUUCCUCCCCCCCAUCCUCCUCCACUGUCUCCACCCCAGGCCCCCGGGUGGUCCGGGGCCUGCCCUCCCUGCUGGACAAUGACUUGCACUUUCACCCCAUCAGUGGCUCUGAUGUGAUUCUCUCAGCCGACCGCUUGGCUGCCUGUAUCCACUUUCUGGACAGCAGUCGGACACUGGUGUUCAGCGACCGGCCGCUGCACGUGGGGGAGACUUUGUACCUGGAGGUGGGCCACCUAGGCCUACCUUACUUCGGGGCGCUGUCAUUCGGUUUGACGUCCUGUGACCCGGCUUGUCUGCACGCUGCAGACCUGCCGGCUGACCCUGAAGUUCUCCUGGACCGAAAAGAGUAUUGGGUGGUGCACCGAGGCUUCCCCAUGCCCUGUUCUGGAGACGUUCUCAGCUUCAGCUUGUUGCCCAGUGGAGAAGUGCACCAUGGGGUGAACGGAGCUGGGCGGGGGCGGCUGCUCUGCGUGGACUCCUCUCAGGUCUUGUGGGCUUUCUUCACCUUGCACGGCGUCAUAAACAGACUCAGGAUACUCGGUAAGUGA